UAUAACGUUAGUCCACUGACCAACACAUAAUCGAUUGUGCUCCCACAUCAUGACUAUACUGGUUCCUCUGGCAAUGCUUGUAGUGGCUGUGGUGGCAGAGCCCCCGGCCGCCGCUCCUUACCCUCCCGCCUCCGGGCCCUACCCUCCCGCCUCCGGACCCUACCCUCCCUCAGGCUGGCGCCCCUCUGGCCGCCUCCUGGUACUGCCUGCUCGUCAGACAGACUCCUCAACCCCCAGGCCAGUGUACGGGCCUCCACCCCAGUCGCCACCACCCUCCUACGGACCUCCACCACAAGAGUACGGACCACCCUCUACGGAGCCGACCACUGACGAACCCACUGAACAGCCUACGGAACAACCUGAGGAUGGAUCUGAAGAGCCAUCGGAACAGCUCGUAGACCGAGGAGUCUACUACGUACUGCAACCUGACGGCAAACUUCAGAUGGUCAGAUACACAACGAAACCACUUCGAUCUCAGAAACAGAAACAGCAGCAAACUUCUCCACAACAGUUCCAAGGGAAUGAGCUUUCUUUCAACAACUUUGAAAGUCAGAAGAUUCAACAGGAGAAGUUGCAGCAACAGCAGGCUCAGCUUUCCCAGAUUCAGGCUCAUCACGCUCAGUUUCAGUUCAGUCCUGAACAGUUUGAGCAGAAACCGGCUCAGUUCAACCAACAGCCAUCUCAGUUCAACCAACAGCCAUCUCAGUUCAACCAACAGCCGUCUCAGUUCAACCAACAGCCAUCUCAGUUCAACCAACAGCCAUCUCAGUUCAACCAACAAUCUCAGUUCAACCAACAGCCAUCUCAGUUCAAUCGCAAACCGGCACAGUUCAACAAGCAGCCUAAUAAAUACACCCAAGUCGAGUUCAACCAAAAGUCCGGCCAGAAUCCAUCUCAGUUCAACAGGCCAGCCAAAGUACAACAGUCCACACCGUUCCACUACGUAGAAAUCCAGAAAUCCCAUGAGAUAGAAGUAGCACAACCACCCCCGGAAAAAGCUCCUGAAGGUUUUGUCGCCAACUUAAAAUACAGAGAUGUAGAACCCAUCUCAUCUCCUGUAUACGCAUUCAAUCCAAAUCCUCUAGUUCGUGUGCUCAAGAAAUAGGUUAUUUUUAUAAUAAUUACUCAUGAGGCUUAAAAUUAUAUCAACGCAAAAUAAUUCUGUUGAUACAAGCCAACAGAAAUAAAAUGAUUUGCUCAUAACUGAUCAUUCAUGUAUUUAUUAUUUCAUUGUCAUUCUUCAUUGUUAGAGAAACUACUUUGUGUUAUGAAAAGUACCUUUAUCAAUGUGAAUAAAUAUUGAGACUG